AAAGUCGGAAUGAUGGUAAAAAGGCAACUUUUGUCGGUGGUCUCCAUUACGAGCCCCACAAUCCAAUUAACCACCUCAAGCUAAUGCUAAAUCCAAGACGCAAUGGGUCGCUCUCGUCGCUCAAGCACCCCUGCCCGCAAGCCCGCCCCGGUCAAGUCUGCCCCCGCUCCUGCUAAGCAGCCUGCCGCUCCUGCUCCUGCUCAGGCCAGUGCCCCCGCCCCCAGCGUCGGUGGUGGUCUUCUCUCCACUGUCGCGGAAGGUUUUGCCUUCGGAACGGGCAGUGCCAUCGCCCGCCACGGAGUGAACGCCGUCGUCGACUCCUUCAGCGGCUCCAAGGAGGAUCCAGUUGCUCAGGUCGUGGCUGCGGCUCCUGUUGCCCCCGUCGCUAAGUCCUCGGCCGCCUUGUGCGCCAGUGACAACAAGGCCUUCCUCGAGUGCAUCGACCGCAACUCGAACGACGUGGCCGCCUGCCAGUUCUACCUCGAUGCUCUUAACCAGUGCAAACAGCAGAGCAUCAACCUGUAGAUAGAGACGUAGACUGUGAUAGAUAUCCUCCACUUUAACGGAGAGGGAUCUAAUAAACCAUGAUUUAUCGAAACGCAGCU